GUCGUCGUCGUCGUCGUCUCCUUUUUCUCUCCCUCCACCGCCCCAGCUGUCGGUUGGGAUGGGUCGGCCCAGGGACUGAGGAAGAACGGCGAGAAGAAGAAAGGAAAGAGAGUCCCGAAGCACAUGCUUGUUUGUUUUUGUUUGUUUGAGAAGGAAGAGCCUUGAAGAAGAAUAAAGGGAGAGACAAGUAACCAAGAGAGGAAGGAAGUGUGAACUGGAGGGUUGAGAUUAAGAAGUUUGAGAAGUGUUUUUUUUUUUUUUUUUUUUUUUUCCCCUCACCCCUGUCACCUCUUUCUUAUUUAAAUUUUAUUGCCUAGAUUGCAGUGAUCGUGCACAUUCCACAGAUGGUAGGAUGAGUGUGGCAGAGGGAGCGGAGAUGGAGACUGGAGUGCAGGAACAAAGAUGAGUGUUGCCCCUUUAGGAUAUUUGUGCACGGAAGCCCCGCGCACACGAAAAUGACAGAAAAUACAAUAUAAAGGGGUCGUCUUUCAGUAAAACGGCUUUUUUUUAGCGUUGGCAACCGCAGGUCCAGGUAGCUAUAGGUAUGUGAGUGCUGUCUGACACGUGGACUUGAGGGGCUGUGAAGAGCUGAAGGCGGAGAUUGGGAGGACGACACUUGGAUGCACUGCUGAUUCGUGGCUGGAAUUAACUUCACGUCUUUUUUAUGGAUCCUAAGCAAUAACCUAAACAUUUGCAUGGGAGAAAAUGGGAAGAGCUGAGUAAGACAGCAGCGGGCUUUGGCAUGGAAUAAAAUGUGGUGUGGUAAAGUAGGGAAAUGCAGGGAUAUACCUCUGUAGCAAACUGGGAGUGAUGCUUCUUAGCAGUAGCUUAGGAAUGAAUCAAAUUAACAGGGAGUGACCUGGCAAACAGAAAUGAUCGACUGUCUGCUGCAUUAAGCUGCUGUGAUUUACAGGGUUUUUUUUUUUUUUUUUUUUUAACAAAAAUUACAUCAUCUGAUCUGGAAAUCAAGAAGAACUUUAACUGGGAUUUCUCACAGCUGGAAUUUUCUCCUUGUGGCUGAACAGCCUUCUGCAGCAAUGGCAGCCAAGGAUUACAACCAUCUUUUCAAGCUGCUCAUCAUCGGAGACUCCAAUGUUGGGAAAAGCAGUCUGUUGCUACGAUUUGCCGAUAACACUUUCUCAGGCAGCUACAUCACAACAAUAGGAGUGGACUUCAAGAUCCGCACCGUGGAUAUCGAUGGAGAGAGAGUCAAGCUACAGAUUUGGGACACUGCAGGACAGGAGAGAUUCAGGACCAUCACAUCCACGUAUUACAGGAACACUCACGGUGUUAUUAUUGUAUAUGAUGUCACGAACCCUGAGUCAUUUGUUAAUGUGAAGCGAUGGCUGAAUGAGAUCUCUCAGAAUUGUGACAAUGUCUGCAAGAUCCUAGUUGGCAACAAGAAUGACGACCCUUCAAAAAAGCAGGUGGACUCCCACGAUGCCCACCGUUUUGGCGAAUCAGUCGGCGUCAAAGUGUUUGAGACGAGUGCCAAGGAAAACAUCAACGUAGAAGAAAUGUUCAUGGCCUUCACUCACAUGGUGCUUCGAGCAAAGAAGCAGAGCCAGAUGCGGGCAGAGAGGGAACGAGAGCGAGCAAAAGACACUGUUAACAUCAACUCCCACAGAGACAGGGAGAGGAGGAAGAGGGGCAAGAAGUGUUGCUAAUAAAUCCCAAGGACAAUAACACUUUAAGUACUUAAAACACUGAAACUGCAAUAAGGUGGACAGAGAAAGGAGAUAGUGUCCAUUUAACCACUGUAACGCGCUGAAUGUUUUCACUAUUUUACGAAUGUUUUUUUUAAAUAUUAAAAAGAACUGGACAUGUAACAUACCUUACUCAUGAACUGGACUCUGUAGUGUGGCCUUAAGGUUAUGCAUUGUACUGACUAACCUUUGCACCAUGAUCAGCUGAGAUGUUUGUCUACUUUGUAUGUGUAAUUUCAGUAAAGAUUAAAGGUCUUCAAUAAAAGAUUUAGCAUUUAUUUAUUUUGACCCCACGGUGACCUGACAGAUAUCCUCUUCUU